GAGACUACGUGUGCAAAAGUGCUUACCGUUAACAUUUUGUUCACCUCUAGACAAAUGUAGCUAUGUAAGUUGGCGUUUUCAUGUUUUUGUUGUUCGAAUCCUUCUGCAUCUCCUUUUUCGAGGAGUUGGUUUUGCUUUCACUACUAACAAAAAUAGCUAAAAUGUUCUUAAUAUCGUCUUAACAGUGUCUGUGAAACAGAUACUCACUUCAUCAUCAUGGAUCACUGGUAAUUUAUAGCUCAUAUAUGAAAUUAACAAGUACGGUACGCUUAAUUCUUAAUUGGUUUUCUGUAGAAGUGCUGUUUUGUUCGCGCCUCGUUAUUGUUGUCGUGCAUUCAGAUACAAGUUUUAACUCGGCUUCACGCCGCAGCUGGUUUUCAUUGAAUAGAAUAACAGUGUCAGCUAGGAUGCCAAAUACUGAAUACGAUCGGCAUGUAUAGUUCGGAUGAGCCUUCCAGUCUUUACAACCGUGUUUAAAUAAUCUAUCAUCUACUGCACUGCAGAUGUUAUUGUAGAGUUACCUAUUACCGCCAUUGAGAUGAUUGUGUACUUAAUGCGUGUCUUGUGUGGGUCUACGUUUUUUUUUUAUUUAUUCUGUAGCGGCAGUCGAAGUCUAUGCAUUGCGCGAGAUUGUACAGGCUUCGUAAAGCUUUUAUCACGUACAGUCCACAGUACAAGGACUGCUACAUUAUUUAGAUAAUAACAACAAUAAUCAGUUAAAAUAAAAUAAAAAACAAUAAUUGUCAUAUUAAUAACAAUUUGAGUCGUAUAUAUAUAUAUACAUCUGAUGAAAUGUUGCUUAAUCUCCGUGCAUAUAAUUGUAUCAUACUCAUGUCAUUGAAAUAAAGGCUUGUUUAUGUCAUAUUUAAUCCGUGCGUUCGGACAUCAAAUCAAGCGAUGAAGUGUACGUGCACACGUGUUAUUUUGUGAUGAAGGACCCUAGUAUGUUGACAACGGUUAGACGGCUACCAACAGCACCCUAUCACUGCUGUUACAUACUGUAGAAUUGUAUAGACCCUAAAUUAUAUUGAUAGAAUGGUACUAGUGAACGCACAUAUAUAUAGUACUCAAAAAUGACUAACUAUAUGCUACUUGAAUGGUAUGAGAGAGUUGAGGCAAACUGAUUUAUGACACAUGGUUAAUGAGUUUAAAUUUUUGGCGCAACAAACACACUUGGGUGAUGGAAGAGAAGCGGUAGAUUACUGUAUUUGCAGGGUUGUUUUCCGGCUUCUUUUGGCGCCGUGUUCGGCUGAAUGGCACGUUUCACUUAAGUUGCACAAGUCCUCAAAGAUGGAAAUCUCGAAUGUGUAUUUAGGCCGGCGUUGCGGACGAGGGAAGCUGGAAGCUUAGAGGAUGUCCACUUACGGUGAGAGACAGGACGAAGAGCUCGAGGUGCUUCAGUCGAUCUAUGUCAACGACGUUCAUGAUCUACGACCGAAAAAAGUUAAAUGGAAGAUAUGGCAUCCUUUGGACGUCAAGAUUCGUCUAAGACCACAGAAGUCUAUGACCAACAAGGAAAGUCAUGCGGAGCUUACAUUACGCGUAACAUGCGGUCCGACUUACCCUGAUAGCGUGCCAUCAUUUGAAGUUUUGAAUAAUAAAGGCGUGCCAACAAGUGCGACAGAUCAACUUAUAGUAGAGAUCAACAAAAUGGCAGAAAAUUUAAAAGGAGAGGUAAUGAUCCUGAACGUGUGCCAGUAUGUGCAGGAAUAUCUCGUUCGCUUCAACAAACCAAGGGCACUGUCAAUCUACGAUGAGAUGAUGCAGAACAAACGCAAACAGAAGGAGCAACUGGAAGAGGAGCAAAAAGCUCUUGAAGCUAAGGAGCAGGAAGAGCAAGGAAAGGUAAUCGAUCAGCUUGCAUAUCAGGUGAAAAUGAGACAGGAGCAAGUAAGAGAAGAAGCUCGCCGGCGAAGGGCCAACUCAAGUGGACAGAACGAUAUGCGUCUUAGCUACUCAUCGGACAAGAGUCCAGAUGACUCUGAAUCAAGCGGAACAUCGUGCAAGGGUCAUAAAGUUGUACAAGUAAAAAUCACAGUAAGUGGUAAAGAACGAACAUUACAUCGGGGUCGUUGUCUAGGACAUUCUUCGGGUGGGAGCGUUGCUUUUGUUGCUAUGGAAGCUGCGACCGGAGAGACCUUUUGUCUGCAUGAAUGGAUCUUUACACAAAAAUCUUCGAGCCGCUUGAAGGAAUUCGAGUUGAACUCGUCCCAGCAAAUGCUUCUGAGUACGGUGGACUCUCAGUUCGGUAUUCUCUGUCGAGUUCAACAUCCCAACCUGGUUCGAUACUACGGAAUUUUACAGGAACCUCAGAAAGAUAAAAUAACGAUAUCAAUUUUGCAGGAAAUGCUAACUGGGCAUACUCCGCUAAAAAUGCAUAUCUCGCAAGGUAUUCCUCUGGACCUACAAGUGUUGCGUUCCUACUGUCAAGACAUCUUGAACGGACUUCUUCAUUUGCAUGAGAACGACCUUAGCCAUGGAGGUUUAACUCUAAGCAACGUCUUUGUUAACCAACGAGGUGUUGUUAAAAUCUCUGAUUUCGGAGUAGUGAAAAAUCUCGAUGAUUUAAUGAGGAGUCUAUUUGGUGGUGAAGACUCGUCUAAGCCAACGAAUGUCAUGAAACUUGAUGUUUACUCAGUUGGCCUAUUGUCGUUGGAAUUGGCACAGGGCUCAAGGAUUCAUGAAAACAUAAUUAAAAUUUCAUCGUUGUUUCCGAGUGACUUUCAGGAUUUUCUUAAAAAGUGCUUUGCAAGGAACGAGAAUGAACGUUGGGAAGUGAGUCAAUUGCUAGAACAUAAAUUUAUUACGAAGAAAAUUAUUUACAAGUCCCAGAUCUCAAACACACCUUCAAGCACGUCCGACUUGGAGUCUCUUGAAACGGAUAACGCCGAUGAAGGUGCGAUCGCCAAUAGCUCAAACAAUAUUCCCGUUUCGUACAAUGAUCUCCCAAGUACUUCUCGAUUAAAAACUGAAUUUCAGAUUCUUGAGUUUCUCGGCAGUGGUGGCUUUGGUUUAGUGUUAAAGGUGCGAAACAAGCUUGAUAGCAAUAUCUACGCAAUUAAGCAGAUUCUCCUUGAGCCCUCCAAUAGGCAUUUAAAUCGCAAAAUCAUUAGGGAGGUUUGUCUUUUAUCUCGACUAAAUCACGAAAAUGUAGUACGGUACUUCAAUUCGUGGGUCGAAGUCGUUGCGAUGAAGACUGAUAUUGAAGCUGAAUUAGGAACAUCGCCUAAAAAAUCAGAUUCACUAUCAUUAAUGCUGAACCGGGUUGAGCCACAUUUUGAAGCUCCUCCGAUGGUUGAUACGUCGGUCGAAUGGAGCGUCUCUCUGAGUUAUGUAAUGCCAAAGAAUGCCGUAGAAUCCAGCGAUAGUUCCGAAGGUGAGCUUUUCGGUAUAGGGCACAAGUCCGAGUCGUCGGACAUCAUGUUCGAGCAUUCUGCAAAUAGCCCUCCGUCCAAUAACGAUAAUGACACAGGUGAAGUAAGCGAGGUAGAUUCGGCAUGUCAGGUGCAAUAUAUGUUUAUUCAAAUGGAGUUCUGUGACAAGUUGACAUUACGCAACGCGAUCGACGGUGGACUGUACAAAGACGCCGAUCGUAUGUGGAGGCUAUUUCGGGAAAUCAUUGAAGGCCUUGUACAUAUUCACCAACAAGGAAUUAUUCAUAGAGACCUCAAGCCGGUAAACAUUUUUCUCAGUAAGACCGAUCGAGCGAAAAUCGGGGACUUCGGUCUAGCUACAACAGCUAGGGGUACUAGGCCAGAAGAAGGCGAUGUCAUUAAGUCCCCCGAUUUCGGAACCGAAAGCAGGACGGGAAGGGUCGGCACUGAACUUUAUACAGCACCUGAGUCCGAAACAGGGGGUGUUUAUACACAGAAAGUAGAUAUUUACUCAUUAGGGGUAAUUUUCUUCGAAAUGUCUUAUCCUUGCAAAACCAAGAUGGAACGAGCGAGAAAUUUAGGGAAUAUACGGCUGCCAGAUAUUAAGCUGCCACAGGAUUUCGAGAGCUUUCUCAGUCAUCAACAAGUUCAUCUGGUUAAAUGGUUGCUGCAUCACGAUCCCUCUAAAAGGCCAACAUCAGUUGAUUUGCUCAGCUCAGAUUAUUUGCCUCCCCCGGUCAUUGAAGAAGCUGAGCUAAAUGAAAUGCUCCGACACACAGUUUCGAAUCGUCAAAGCAAAACUUAUAAGAAACUUGUGCACUCAUUAUUUAGCCAACAAAUGGACGAUGUGUGGGAGUACACUUUUGAUAUGGACGAUGUUCAAAACUCGGAUACAUCUCUUCGGAACUCUGCUAUUUUCUGCUGUGUGCGUGAGAGAAUUGAAGCCGUUAUGAAGCUUCAUGGGGCCCAAAAUGUGUACGUACCAUUGCUGAUGCCGCGUAGCGGUCGUGUUGAGGCCGAUGAGAACAUGGUGGAGCUCAUGGACAAUCAAGGAAGUCUUGUGAGUAUACCGCACAAUACGCGAGUCCCUUUUGCGCGAUAUGUUGCUCGAAAGGGCAUUCCAUUCAUUAAACGAUAUGCGAUAGAUAGAGUGUUCCGUUCGAGGCGCAUUUUUGGCUGUCAUCCGAAAGAGCUAUUCGAGGCUAGCUUUGAUAUCGCUAGCACCCAUAUCGACCCCGAUGAACGGCUGCCACUGAUGGAAGUGUUUUCAGUUAUUGAAGAAGUAAUUUGCCAAUUUUCUUUUUUGGACAAGUUAGAUUUGGGACCCUAUCUGCGCAUCAAUCACUAUGGCUUACUAAAAUCGUUACUAUUAUAUGCUGGUAUCAAUGAUGAGACUAAGCAAUUGAAAAUACUUAAAUUACUGAGAAACCGAUACGUGUCCAAGCUGAAAAUUCAAAACCAGCUAAGUGACAUGAGUCUUCCGGAGACCUGUAUCAACAUGAUUUCACAAUUCCGGGAAGUAGAAGACUCAAUGGCUAAGAUUAUUGCAAUGUACCGUUCAAUAAUUCACAACAAAGGUGCAGCCGGAGCUGCAGCGAAGAGUGCGCUUGAGGAGCUUGACACCGUCGUAACAUUACUCGAGAGCAUCUCAUUCAAGCUGCCUGUUGUAAUCGUUCCUUGCCUCGUACAUAAUGCCAGUCUUUAUAAUACGGGGUUGUUGUUCGAAGUGAAGCUCCGCACAAAUAAACGUUUGAAAAGCGGUCAAGAUGUUCUUGCCGUCGGUGGUUGCUAUGAUACGCUAAUUAAUCGUUUUCGGGUACGCUUGGCACGUUCGGAUGUGCUUCCUCAAUAUCGAGCUGUCGGAGUAAGUUUUACAGUUGACAAACUUGUCAAGCUAGCUAUUGAAUUCGAAAAAGUUUCUUACGUUGAUUCGGUUGUUUGCACAACAGCCCAGAAGGCCAUGAAUAGAGAGAGUGCGCUCGUAUUGCGGACCCUUUGGCUUGGGUCUACGAGCAGCACGACGAUGAACCCUACCUUAAGCGUCGAAGAGGUAUCCCAGAUCUGCCGGGAAAUGAAUGUGGGCCAUAUACUACUGCUCAAGGACACGGAUCCAGAAAUGGUGAAGGUGCGUACGUUUGACAAAGAUAAAUAUAGUGAACGAAGAGUGUCAUUCAAAGAUGCACUGGAGUUAGUUGCUGCGAGCCGACAGGAAGUACAGUCAGUAAGUAGAGACUCAGCGACCACCACUAGGAAAGAAGAUAGGCCGGCUACUUUGGAGAGUCUCAUUAAGGUGACACUGUUGUCACAGGAAAAACUAAGUGCUCUUCAGAGAAAGCGCGCCGAGACUCAUGUAGUAGCAAUUCUCAAGGGUCCACUGUUUAAGUGUAUUAACGACAAACUUUUUGUCGAGGUGCUUGCGGUUGACAUGGGUUUGCCGCAGGUACGACAUAUUGCUGCGAACCUCAAUGUUGAAAGUGAUGAAAAAGCGUUUCAAGCGAGUGUCAAGGAAUUACUCGAAAAAAUUGAUUCGUCUUCGAUGAAAUCCUAUUAUGAAAUCAUCUGUGAUCGAGUUCGACAACUCGUAUUUGAAAAUAGUGUUUGCGCGGCCUUCGUAAUAUUUGGUCGUAAAGACAACUCAUUCAAAAUAGUUGUUUGUCCUGCCAAUUGUAGGCUUUAAAAAGCCGAUAAACGCUGUGAUCUGCAUCUGUCCAAUAACGGGCGUAUUCUAAAGUAGGUACAUGAGUGAACUAGGUAGUGCACAAAUGGAUAAGAUCAAUGCCUAACUAGUCAUAGGCCUAGAUUAACGUACAAGCAUUUCCACGGGCUAAUGCCUCGCGUACGUGCGUCAAGUGUCAUAACACCUAGAUAUUUAUAAAUAUAGUAUUCAAGGUACAUGCGAAUUAUUAGGGCAGCCGUGUCCUAUAUGCAAGCGUUUACGUGAUUAGUGCGAGUAAAAUGUUUUUCUAUUUUCUUUCCCACUGAUGAUUGAUUUAAGUUCAUGCCUCGUUGAGUCUUUCAUUAUUGUUCAGUUUCGGGAGCUCUUCCAUGGCUACUGUCGCGGAAAAUCAAAAACACUUAAUGUGAGUUAAUUCAGUCGAUCAUUAGCUGGAAUCUUUUUCACGGCGUGACAAUUGGUGUGAUUAUCAAUGUAACAUAAGGGUGCAUAAUGUCAUGUUAGAAGAGUUGCGUGUAAUGUAAUCUAGCUGAAUGGCUUCAGCGAUGUUGAUUUACUGUUACAGGUUAUUCACACGUUUUACAUUACACAGUGUGUAAUGCUAGAAUGCUACAAGAAGAUACAUAAAAAUUAAAAAAAAAUUUAAUUAGUGUAAAAGUGAUUAUAAUAAUAUGAGUGUAGGUCAAUUGGUCUGUAAGAUGAUGACGCGGAAGUGUACACAAUCUCUUUGUAUUUUAAAUAGUGCUUAUAUUACAAAUCUCCAAUUAAAAGAUAAUUUUCAUGAAUUUCUAAAAGAAAAUCAUUUUUUUAUAAGAUUGGGUAUUGUAGCAAGUUUUUAAUGUAAACAUCAUCAACUUUGUGGAAAUGUCGAAUAGUUUAUACCAUUAUAUAUUUCUAUUAUUAAUUUUA